AUGAGCUCAAGUGCCCAAACCGCAUUGGUCCCUGGAAAGUUCCCGUUCAACUUCAAUUCUCCCGAUUGCUUCCAUAAUCCAGUUCCCUCGCCGCCAUGGCAAUGGCGCUAUUUCGGCCGCUUCAUAUUCGGCUUUGACACGAUCCGCUACGGCGUAUCCAAAGCUGCCAAUGCCAUCUUUGCCCAGGAGCUGCAGAGAAGAAUGGAUGAACAGAAGCUGCCGAUUCUAUCCAUGGCAGUACAUCCCGGCGAAGUUGCCACUGAGGGCGUCUUCUCAGUCAAUCCUAGUCUAAUCAAGACGAUUGCGCGUUGGACAUUCAUCUCCCCAGAGCAGGGCGCUGCGACGCCCGUCUUUGCAGCUGUUUCGAAGGAGAUUCGCCAGGAUGCCUCCAAAUACAAGGGCAAGUUUGUGUUCCCUGGUGGGAAGAUCGGAGACCCGAACCCAGUCGCUUCGAAUAAGGAGCAAGCUACUGGAUUAUGGCGCAACGCCAAUGAGGAAGUGAAUUCGCAGCUUCGCGCUCAAGGACUCCCUGGUCUUCAACCAUGGUAA